AUGAAUAACACUUUACUUCCCAACUUAGAUGAUAAGCCUUAUUACCACAUCUAUGAACCUUCUCUGAAAGAGACUCUCAAUGCCAGUAGACUUAUUUACAUUAUUCGCUUAGUCCAUGUAGAAUCACAAACAGAGUCUCUCUCUCCCAAUGAUGAGAAAUCGAUCUACAUUCAGAAUGUGAUUAUGAGGAUGUUCCCUGAAAUCCAACUUCGAUAACACAGCAUCCUCAUCUGCCAACAUUUGUACACCAAAACUUACACCAUCUUUUUCAUGAACUCAAAAUAAGUACCUUAUAGCUAUUGUUGCAAUCGUCCACUGCAAGUGCGGUGCUAUCCAAUAGGCUUUGGAUUGGUUCUAUGUUCAGGAGAACGAUGUUCCAAGCCUGAAUUGAAGGCGUUCAAAUUCAGUGACAAUACUCCAAAAUUAGAGGAGAAAUUGAACAAUAAAUUGUCCAAACUUAUUUCCAUGGGGAAACACAAACAUGUCAAUCUGAUCCAACAGAAACAACGUCUUGGAUUGGAAGAAUUCAAAAAGCAUGUUACUGAGACUCCAGACACAGUUGUUGUGAAACCUCGGAAGUUCAAAUUACUUGAAACGACCCUAUAAAUUAUAAAAAUGGAUCCAUAAUUGAGUCACUACACAUAAUUCUUCAUCGUUGUCACCAAUCUUUGUAAGACCAACCAAAUCUCUUCUGAACAGAAGGCUCUCCUCAAAUCUAGUCUGACUCACAAGGAAGAAAAAAUUUGUCGCGUUCUCAUUCAAAAUAGUGGACCUGGAAAGGAAAUGCAAUUGCGAUAGGCAUUACUAGAUUAUUUGGAGGAAUAAAAUAAGGCAUUACAGAGGAGACGGUAACAUAAAUCCAAGACUAUGCAUUUUACCAAAGAUGUCUCGGAUGAAGACAAACAACAGAAUACAAGCAAGCUAGAAUAAUCAAUACCCCAGCCUUUAGCAGGAGUAGGUGCAGUGAUGAUUGACCAACUCACAGAAUUAUUGAACAAGCAUAUUGAAAAGCAUAAUUUACUUGUCCCAGAAGACAAGGAAAAGUUGUUGUCACUAUGCAAUUUAAUACUACAACUUACAUCCGAAUAAGCAGACCCAAAUGGCUAGCAUGCAUAAAAUAUAGGCGACGAUAACAAACUAGCAGAAAUAAGUGAGAAAGAUGCUGAUUCUAGUGAAGAAGAUGUGUAUGACAAAAUGAAAAGGCAAAUAGAUGAGAUCUACAAAGAAUUAAAGAAUAUUUUUACUGGCAACUUGCACACGCAUUUGCUUCUCAUGCAAGAAGACAUUUCAUAUGAAAAUUUGUAUUAAGUGCUGAAAUUCCUUCUCAAAAUACUUGUCGAUGCUGAUGAAUUUACUUUUUUCAUUCAUCGAGACAAGGAUUGGGAAGUGUACUCUUCAGCCAAUGAUUCCAUCAAAGAUGUCACUCCUGAAGAAGCCCAAAAGGUUAACGAUGAAUUAACAUAAAUUCGGCCUUCCUACAUCCACAGAGUAGAUUCAAAACAUAAUCAAUAUCCGCAAAUCCAGGAGACCUGUAAAACCAACGCCUAUGCACAAACAUCCAUCGUUAAAUUCCAACUGCAUAUCAAAAAUUACGAGGUUCUCUUCUGUUUGCAUUGGACAGAUAAGGAUAAAAAUAAUAUAAAGAGAAAUUUCAUCAACAAUGCUAACAUCUAUGGAUUUAACACAGAUGUCACUCAUCUAGCACAAUUCUUAGUUGAAACUAUCAUAACUGCUAAAGUCUAAUUCUUCAAUCCAUUACGCUUUGCUGAUCAUGUGUAGGACAUAGGAAUCACGUUUAUGAGGAUAUCGAGAUUUCUGUUGCUUGAAGGCAUUAAACAAGUUUUGAGUGCAAAAUACGAAGUUGAAUAAGAACAGUAGAAUUAGACUGAGGGUCUGGUUAAGAAGAACAAAGAGGUGCCUUCAUUAAAAAUAGAAUUAAAAGAUUCAAAUCAAGUUACCUUAAGUAUAAAGAACUUGGACCUGAAGAAUGAACAGGAUUCACAAUUAUACUCUCUUGUAAUUAUUAGAUAUUAUAUCCAAUAGAUAAUUCAAAUAUUAGAGAAAUAUGAUGGAUACGUGAAGUUAUGUUAUGAAAAGUCUGCGUUUUAUAAGUAUUUCCUUAGAACUACUGACUCGUUAUUGUUUGAUUUCAAUAAGCAAGGAGAACUGAUUUUCUUGAGUAGACCAAUUUCUAAGGCAUAAAAAUACAAUAUUAACUUUGAUCCGAAAGCAAUUCUAUAUAAUAAAAUUACUUAUCAGGAUAUUUUUGCUUAAAACAGUAUCAUUUCCAAUAUUGAGGUGAAUAUUUAGAAUAUCCAUGAAAAUAGGCAAAAUCAAUACUUGAGCAACGUCGAAAUCCCUCAAUUUGAAAUAUUUCUCAAGGUGAUUGAUAAUGACUUUAAAGGAUUCACAGUCAUAUUCCAUGAAAAUGAGGCAAGGAGACUUAAACACUACUUUAUGACUCUGAAGAUGGACAGCAUGACGAAUGACGUAUAGAAGGAAGCUGAAGUUAAUAAAUCAUUCGAGGAGGAUAUCUAAAGACAAAUACUAAUUCAAUACAAUAAACAUUAAACCUUCAAGUUUCUAAAUCAAUUAGAUGAAACGCAAGAUGUCGCCAACUCAAUGAUAGCUCUCUUCAUCCCUGAGAAUGAGUUGCAAUAGAUUAGACAUCGUAAACCUGACGUAAAGGGUUCUGAUUCAUAGUCGAAAGACAUGCAAAUUGAUUAAUGGAUUAUUCCACCUUAAAAAAAAAAGAAGAUUAGUUCAAGUGUGUACAUCAAAUAUCAACAGCAAUUAGAGUAGGUUAACAUAAACUAAUUUAAAAUACUUGAGAGAGAUUCUUAAUUGGAUUAGUUUGAAUUCAAUAUUCUGACUUUGGAUUCCUCGUAGGAGAAACAUAGAUUGGUGUAUAGCAUCUUGGAGAAGAAUGGAUUCAUCUCUCAAUAUAAUAUGAAUAAUUAAUGUUUAGCUUAGUUUUUAAGUGUUCUAUAACAGAAAUACAAUAAGAAAAAUAACUCAUUUCACAAUUAUGAUCAUGGAAUAUCGGUUAUGUAAAGUGCUCAUUUCAUGUUGUAAUGUGAAAAGGCCAAACAAUUCAUCGAUGAUUUUCGAAGAAUGGCAACCAUCAUUUCUGGUUUGUGUCAUGAUGUUUCACACACUGGCAGAACUAAUGUAUUUAUGAUUAACAGCCAAUCUAAAUUAGCCACCAGGUAUCAUGAUUCAAGUCCUCUUGAACAACACCAUGCAGCCACCACGAUAUUUAUGCUUAAAGAUUCAUCACUCAACUUUUUAAGCAACCUAACUAAAGAACAGCAUCAACAAUUCAGACGCAUUCUCAUAGACAAUAUUCUCUACACGGAUAUCAAAGUUCAUUUUACUCUCCUUAAAGAUUUUGAAAGUAGAAUCAAGGAUGAUGUGACAAAACCAUUUGGAACUGGAGAUGACGAUCUCAAACUCUUAACUGGAAUGAUUAUUCAUACUGCUGAUUUCAAUGGGGGAGCCAAAGUUUUUGAUAUCUCAAGGAUUUGGUCUGAAAGAGUCAACAAAGAAUUUAGUGCUCAAUAUGAAGAAGAAGGCAGAUUGGGCAUACCAUAAACACCUUUCUUAAAGGAUCUGCAUAAAAUACACAUCAUGGCAAAAUCUGAAAUGGGAUUCUUCAAAGUCAUUGUCCGACCUUUGUGGUUUACUCUAAAUGCCUUUUUUGAUGGCUAUUUGCACCAGAGCAUAACCAAUCUUGAUAACACCAUUAUUAGUUGGGAAAAGAUCUAUCAUGCCAAUCUUCCAAAAGAAGAAAGACCGCCAUAAUAAUCAUGAAUAUUAUUAUUGUUUAUUUGCUAUGCAUUCUAUCAUAUAUAAUUAAUUAUGAAA